AAGGAUGAAAGAUCGCGCCCAGGUCAGGAUUUAGGUUUUUUUCCUCGCGAUUCGGGCGAAAAGGCGCGCUUUAAAUUCGAAUUCGUGGUCACGUUUGAAGCCUUAUCUUUAUGGAGUGUGGCGAGGCUAUUUGCUUACCAAACAAGGUGGUAGUUUAGUUACUGUAAUUAUUUCGAAGCCACUCCUGUGCGCGAGGUGUUUUUUUUUUCUUCUCAGCUGAGUUUGAGUAGAGGUUGAAGGAAGAAGCGAUCGUCAGACCUCUCUCAUUUGUCAAUCAAAACAAGGCGGAAUAGGCAAAUUUUUGCCUUCCGUGUAUUAUGUUUUGCUACUUAGUUUCGAAUAGUGUUUAUCGAUGAAUCUACUUCGAAGUGCUUCGAUACAUAACUUUCAAUUCAUCUAUCAACAUGCUGUUUUUUUAUAACAGCACCUAUUUUCAUCCCAGGAAAGCAUGUUUAAAUAGAAAGAUAAGAAAGGAGACGAUGUGUACUUAGCACAUCAAACCAGUGUACAUUUUUUUACUCAUCGAAUAAUCGGUUUAAAAUGUCAACAGUGAAGCGCUUUUCAUCCGUGAGCUUCUCAAAGUCGGAGCAGGACAUGCAAGACGAUGAAACCUUCCAGCUAUCGCUAGCUCCUCACGUCCAAACAUAUUUAUCUCAAAUGUCGCAGGCCGCCGGCUGUUGGGGGAAGUGUUUACCGAUACCGUUCGAACGCGCCGCCAGUAAAUCGUGGUGGGAUCCGACAUUUGAUUCCGAAGUACUCGAGGAACAGUACAAAAAAAGUGCGGCUCCCAAUAACAGAUUAAAGUUCAGGUACGCCAUAUGGUAUGUGCUCUUAAUAUCUCUAUCAUGGUUUUUUUACUUUCUGACGAUGGGUCUACUAAAUUCAACGGAAGUGUGGCCGAUACUGUGCGGUGUGCUCGCCAUAGUCGCACUGUUAUCGAUCGCUAUUAUGGUACUAACUUAUCAAGAUUUCUUCAAUGCUUACAUGGUCUUCCUGUCGUUUGGUAUCGCCGUAAUACUCUGCGUGUUAAGUUUAACGUUUCUGUCCGUUGUUCCGGUUGUGUACGGGUCUUCCGUCAAUAAAACGGUCACGACGAUAAGUCCGGCCGGUCAUUUUUCCGUUUGUAUCGAAAUUUUACUAUUAAUCUACACGAUAUUGCCGUUACGCUUAUACAUGUGCAUCACAAUUGGAGUUUUAUACUCGACCGUAUUUGAAUUGUUAACAUGGCUUACCGACGAGCAGAGCUACGAAAUAAUCGCAAUAAUUGUUAGAGUACUAGUGCACCUUUGUAUACAUUUUAUUGGUCUUCAUAUUUUCAUUAUGAGCAAUGUCCGCAUGCGCGAUACGUUUAUGCAAGUCGGUCAGAGCUUAUUGGUUGGACAGCAGUUGAAGGCGGAGAAAAAUUUGAAAGAAAGCAUGUUGCACUCACUCAUGCCUCCGCAGGUCGCCGAAUGGUUAAUGGGGGAAGACGAACACUUUGCGAAAACCGGCAAGGAGGGACGCGACUCAACCGAAACGGGGGAUAUGAAAACUCUAUUUCGUCCGUUUAACAUGAACCGCAUGGAGAACGUUAGUAUAUUAUUCGCCGAUAUUGUCGGCUUUACGAAAAUCUCAAGUACAAAGACUGCGGAGGAGCUGGUGGAUAUUUUGAAUCAGCUUUUCCAAAAAUUCGAUAUUUUAUGCAAGCAAAGUCAGUGUGAGAAAAUUUCCACCUUGGGCGAUUGCUACUACUGCGUGUCCGGGUGCCCUCAACCCAGACCGGAUCACGCGAAAUGCUGCGUCGAAAUGGGACUCGGGAUGAUACAGGUUAUUAAGCAGUUCGACCAGGAGCACAAUCAGGGCGUCAAUAUGAGGGUGGGGGUACAUACGGGAACCGUUCUUUGCGGCAUCGUCGGUACGAAACGUUUUAAAUUUGACGUGUGGAGCAAUGAUGUUACGCUCGCCAAUAAGAUGGAGUCUACUGGGAAACCUGGCAUGGUCCAUAUAUCCGAGAAGACGUAUGAAUUUUUGGAAGACAUGUACAUCACCGAGGACGGCCAAUCGGAUUACGGUUUGAAAACAUAUUUUAUUAUCCGCCGCAGACAUGAAGCACCGCUUUCGGCUAGUAACAGUGUAAGGAAAAAACCACAACUUAUUCAGGCACACCCACAACUAAUUCAGCAACAAUCACAACUGCCACCAUUAACACCACCGCCGCCACCAUCGCAACCAGAAAAGGAACAAGAAGAUACUCAGAAAUCACAAACGCCUUCGCUUCAAUUAAUAAUAUCGCCUCCGACAACGCCGCCCAUAACAUCCCCACAGAUACGCCCAAGAGUUUUAUCUUGCGACAAUUCCGCGACUCAAUUCAAAAUCUCGCACAAUCCGAACAUGCUUUCGCCCGACGUUUGUAAAAUAAAGGCGAGCAGUUUACCGAGCAUCUUGGACGAGCAAGAAUUGGACGUCGACAAAGAUUCCGGCGAGGGCAGCGACGCCAUUAAAACGCCAACGUCGACGGCGAGCUCGGGUCGAUAUUCGGUCAAAUUAAAAAACUGGAAAAUUCCCAGCUUCCUGCGCAAAACGGACGCGGCGCCAAAGACGACAAACGAGGACCCAUCUCAAAACACCAUCAGCUGCAUCGAACCGUUACUCAACAAUUCGACCAAUUACAAGCAGGUGCCGAGGAUUAUCGAGACGCAUCAUCAGCCGAACUCCAAAGACGACGAUCUCAAAGAGGACAUCGACGUUAAAUCGUACAUUAGCCAAUCUCGCAGCGAUAUAGGACAGUACGAUUUUGCAGCGAACGAGUUGAGCAAUUUCAUUCGGUCCGGCAGUCGCUCGUCGUCGCAAGAAUAUUCCGUGUUGACGCGAGCCGAAAGUAAUCGAUCGAGAAGGGGACGCUCCCCCAACUUCGAUAUAGUACCGGUGGAGCGGAGCAGGAGCGCAACGGUCGCGAUUCCCGCGCUCGAUAGGCCAAAGAGAUCUUUAGACGUACCGCAUCGUUUAUCUUCCAUUUUUUUAGACGAUCAACUUAGUACGACUUAUUCAGUUAAUAGUCGGAAGGAUUCGGGAAUUAGGAGCAACAGUCGGCGGAGUAGCAUACAGAUGGAAAAUCAUAUUCCUCUCACAGACAACGGGCAGCAACGAAUGUCGGAUUACUUCACCUCUAGUCAGUCUUCCAUCACGGCAUCGCAGACCGCCACCGGCGGAGGAGCGUUCUUGGAGAAAUUCGGUAGGAGUAUACAGAAUUUACGCAAACAGUCCGAUCUCCAGUUGAUAAGGUGCGUGCAAAAAAAUUCCGAAUCCGAUCGGUCGUACUUUAUAGAGCCGCAACUUUCGAGGUUGACGCUAUUUUUCGAAGACAAAAAAAUGGAGCAGGAAUAUCGCGAAAACGUGCACUCGCUAACUGAACAGGACACCAUCGCCACUCUGGCGAACUCCCGGUUCAAUACGUACUUCGAUGUGUUUGUUUCGACUGUUGUUUUUGUUGUUAUUUCAAUUUCGUUGUUUAUAUCGUAUGAAUUAACAAUUUUAUGGUUAGUUGUCUUUGUUAUUUUGUGUUUAAUACAGGUCUGUGGGAUCGCGUUGUGCUUUCGGCGGUUUGUCGAGUUUUCCGAGAGUUUGUUCUCGUUCUGUUCGCGAUGGUACGGAUGGAAUGCUUUCGGGGGAACGUUAGUCAGUGUACCCAUCAUCGCGGUUCUAUGCAAUUUCGUCUGUUCGCGUUUGUUUUUUACGGCGAACGUGUCCGAUUAUUUAUACAGUUAUUUGUUGUGCGUCGGUAUCGUUCAUUUUUGUAAUUUUACCCAGUUGAACUGUUGGAUGAAAAAUUGUUUGGCGACGUGUUUCGGUAUUCUAUUUAUUUGUUUAAUUUUAAGCGGAAUAUGCCCGUGCGAUGUCCCCAAUUUGAAGAUGGAGAAUUCCAGUGUAAAUUUAACUUUUGAAAACCUCAGUUAUGCGGAUAACACCACCGUGGUUCCGGUAACAGGCCUAUAUCUGUACAAUUGGGAGAUUCUCAUAGAUGUGCUACUGCUUCUGGUGCUGAUUUGGCUUUUGAAUCGCGAAUUUGAAAUCGGCUACCGGCUAAGUUUUCACGCGAGCUUCGUAGCCAACAGGGACAAAUUGCAAGUGCAGCGAUUGAAAACUCAAGCCGACUGGUUAAUUUAUAACAUCGUACCGGAACAUGUCGCCGUGCAAUUGAAAAAAAAUGCCAAAUAUUCCGAGAAUUUCAAAGACGUCGCCGUUAUAUUCGCGAGUAUUGUCAAUUUUAACGAAAUGUACGACGAGAGUUACUUGGGCGGGAAGGAAUUUCUAAGGGUGCUUAACGAACUAAUCGGCGACUUUGACGAACUUUUGACGUUGCCCGAAUUUCAGAGCGUCGAAAAGAUCAAAACGAUCGGCAGUACGUUCAUGGCGGCGAGCGGUUUGAAUUCGAAAAUGCGUUUGGAACAGUCCGAUCCGCACGCCCAUCUAUUCGCGUUAAUGGAAUUCUCGCUCGCGAUGCAAAAAGUGAUUGAUAAUUUUAAUCGAGAUCUGAUAGAGUUUAAUUUGAUUUUACGUACCGGAUACAAUUUCGGCGACGUUACCGCCGCCGUUAUAGGUAAUACGAAAAUGUACUACGACAUAUGGGGCGACGCCGUUAAUAUAGCCUCUCGUAUGGAUUCCACGGGCGUUAGCGGUAGAAUACAAGUCGGCGAACAAUGCUUAAGUGUUUUGGAAAAGAGGUACAUCUUUGAACCGAGAGGGUCAAUGUACGUCAAGGGUAAAGGUGAUAUGAAUUUAUUUUUGUUAGUAGAUAGGAGAAAUGAAAAUGAGAUAGCGAAAUAAACCUGGGGGAACCGGUGCUGUCGGAUCAAGUUCUCUUCAAUGUUCACAUGAAGUGUUUGAGCUUCCGUUUAUGACGCAAUUCAAACUUUUGAUUUGAGAAUGAAUUGCUGAACACAUCUAUUAAGGUUACAGUUUUCUGCAUGAGUGGUUUUGGACUUCGAUAAAGUAAAUUCUUAUGUCUUCAUUGUUUGGUUGAGAUUUUGCUGUCAAGUAAGGAGGAUAGGCCACACUGUGCAGAGUGCUUUUACUUAAGACCUUUCCGUCUCGGUCCCUCUUGUUCUCUUGCUAAGUGUGGAAAAUGUACUAUCAAUUCUUAAUAACAAAUCUAUAGAGCAUUAAACGUCCAAUUUAAAUUAACAGGUCGCCACUUUAUUGUUUACAAAAAAAAUUCAGACCAAAUAAAAAAAUAACAAAAGAAUUACAACCAUGGUUUUGCUUUGAUUGAAAGCAAUAUUUUGGUUGUAAUUCUUUUGUUUUUGGUUGUGGUUAGCUUUAGUAAGCUAUUUUUCCAUUGUCCACAGUUUUGAGCGUCCCCCAGCAAAGUUUUGUAUUACGCAGAACAUCGUCAUUUCUUAAAAUUUGUUUUCCUGUGCAAAUUCAGCCAAAAUUCCAAACGGAG